CCUUUUCUGUAGACUUCCGUUUUUUCUUGGGAAAGAGCCUAUUGAAAACAUCUACUUCCGUUCUGUCGGAAGACUGCGAGUCACCGGGCGAAUCAGAAACCUCAGCAGGCGGAACAAUUGUGGGCCUUGUUUGACUAUUAUGAUUUCCCAAAACUGAAUUUGUAGUACUGAACUGGUCAAGGCUGCAUCUGUUAAUAACGUGGAAUAAUUAUUUGGUCCACUCCACCUGUUCUAUGGAAUGGAUGUUGAAGAACUUAAUUUUCUUCUAAAGUCCACAAAACUGAGGAUUUCUUAAGUAGUACAGGACACCAUAACAUUUGAAUUCAAUUAAAUUUAAAAACACUUCUCCUCAAAAAUGGAUCAGCAAGCGAGUGGUGUGGAGGACCCCAACAAGCAGUCUAAAAAGAAAUCAAAUGAGGAUGAUGGCAAGAACAAAAAGCUGAACAUGCAUAUUAAAACAUUGGCUGAUGACAUGCGUGACAGGAUUACGAGCUUUCGAAAGCAAGGCAUAAAGAAGGAGAAGCCCUUUAUCCAGCACCCAACAGACCCUAUCUCCACGCAUACUGAACUGCCUAUACCACAGCCCCUUUUUGAUGAACGUUCACUGAACCUCUCUGAAAAAGAGAUUGUUGACUUGUUUGAAAAGAUGAUGGAGGAUAUGAACCUGAACGAGGAUCGUAAAGCCCCUCUUCGGGAAAAGGACCUGAGCACUAAACGAGAGAUGGUUGUCCAGUACAUCUCUGCCACAGCUAAAUCUAUAACUGGGAGCAAACUUGCGGGUGGGCUGAGAAACAGCAAACAUGAGUGUACGCUGUCAUCACAGGAAUACGUGCAUGAGUUGCGCUCUGGCAUUACUGAGGAAAAGUUGCUCAACUGCCUUGAGUCUCUGCGUGUGUCUCUAACCAGCAAUCCUGUCAGCUGGGUGAAUAAUUUUGGCCAUGAGGGUCUUGGACUGCUUUUGGAUGCACUGGAGAAGCUUCUUGACAAGAAACAACAAGAGAUCAUUGACAAGAAGAACCAACACAAACUCAUCCAGUGCCUCAAAGCCUUCAUGAAUAAUAAGUAUGGCCUGCAAAGGAUACUCGGGGAUGCGCGAAGCCUUCUCCUUCUGGCCAGGGCUAUUGAUCCCAAGCAGCCGAAUAUGAUGACAGAGAUUGUGAAGAUCCUUUCUGCAGUCUGCAUUAUUGGAGAGGAUAAUAUUCUGGAUAAGAUUCUGGCAGCCAUGACAAUUGCAGCUGAAAGAAAUAACAAAGAGAGAUUUGCUUCAAUAGUAGAGGGUCUGGAGAACCACGAAGUUCAGCAGCUUCAGACAGCAUGCAUGCAACUAAUCAAUGCCCUAGUCACAUCUCCGGAUGAUCUGGACUUCAGAAUCCAUUUACGGAACGAGUUUCUGCGCUGUGGCCUGAAGAAGAUCCUGCCAGAGCUGAAGGAGACAGAAGAAUUAGACAUUCAGCUGAAGGUGUUCAAUGAGAAUAAGGAGGAGGAUUCUAUUGAGCUGUCUCACCGACUGGAUGACAUCCGCACAGAGAUGGAUGAUAUGAAUGAGGUUUACCAUAUUCUGUCCAACAUGGUGAAAGAUACAGGCUCAGAAACCUAUUUCCUAUCUAUUCUUCAGCACUUGCUGCUCAUUAGGAAUGACUACUAUAUCAGACCCCAAUACUACAAGGUGAUUGAAGAGUGUGUGGCUCAGAUUGUUCUUCACCGCAGUGGAAUGGACCCUGACUUUGGUUACAGAGAGAGACUAGACGUAGAUUUCACCCAACUCAUUGAUCAGUGUGUAGAUAAGGCCAAAUUGGAGGAGAGUGAACUGAGAGCAACUGAAUUCUCCAAAAAGUUUGAUGAGGAGUUCAGUGUACGGCAGGAAGCACAAGCUGAGCUUCAGAAACUGGAGGAGAAAAUCAAAGAGUUGGAGGGGAAGAUCACCUCUUUAAAGAGUCAGGUUGCAGAUGGGGGUGCUCAAAGUAUUCUACCACUGGCAGGAGGUAUUGAAUGUCUGCAACCACCACCUCCUCCUCCUCCACCACCAGGAGCACCACCUCCACCUCCUCCUCCUCUACCAGCUGGUAUGGGACCUCCUCAACCACCACCACCACCACCCCCUCCUCCUGGAGGAGUUCUCGCACCUCCUCCACCUUUCCUUGUUCCAGGUCUCCCUUCAGUACCAGCUGUCCAAAAACUACCUUAUGGCCUACAGCCCAAGAAAACUUAUAAGCCUGACACUGCCAUGAAGAGGGUCAACUGGUGCAAGAUAGUGCCUCAGGAGAUGACAGAGAAUUGCUUUUGGAUCAAAGUCAAAGAGGAGAAAUUUGAGAACCCAGACCUUUUUGCCCAACUCUCACUUACUUUCUCAUCCAAGGCCAGAGUGAAAAAGGAUGCAGAGGAAACAGAUAACAGAAUGACACAAUUUAAGAAAAAAGCAAAAGAGUUGCGAAUUCUGGAUGCCAAAACAGCCCAAAAUCUGUCCAUUUUCCUUGGAUCAUUUCGAAUUCCUUAUGGUGAGAUACGGGAUGCUGUCUUGGAGGUGGAUGAGGAGAAGCUGAGUGAGGCAUUGAUCCAGAACCUUAUCAAGAAUCUUCCUGAACAGAAGGAGCUGAGUUCUCUGGCUGAGCUGAAGAGUGAGUACGAGGAACUGUGCGAGUCAGAGCAGUUUGGCAUUGUGAUGAGCUCAGUGAAACUAUUGCGCCCUCGUCUGAAUGGAAUUCUAUUCAAGCUCACAUUCGAGGAGCAAGUAAACAACAUCCGUCCUGACAUCAUGAAUGUCACUUUUGCAUGUGAGGAAGUGAAGAAGAGUGAGGGCUUCUGCAAGUUUCUGGAAUUGGUACUGCUUGUGGGAAAUUACAUGAAUGCCGGCACCAGAAAUGCCCAGACUUUUGGGUUUAACAUCAGCUUUCUCUGCAAGCUACGGGACACAAAGUCUUCAGAGCAGGGUACAACACUCAUGCAUUUUUUAGCUGAAAAGUGUGAGGAGAUGUAUCCAGAGAUCCUGAAGUUUCCUGAAGAGCUGGGGUAUGUGGAGAAUGCCAGCAAAGUGUCAGCUCAGAUCCUCAAAGCCACUUUGGACUCAAUGGAGCGUCAGAUCCAGAGGUUGGAGAAUGAUAUUCAGAACUUUCCCAAGACAGACGACAAACAGGAUAAGUUUGUGGAAAAAAUGUCUGGUUUCUCCAAAUAUUCACGAGAGCAGUACGAAAAGCUCUCCACCAUGCACAAGAACAUGCAGAAGCUCUAUGAAUCCCUUGGAAGCUACUUUGCCUUCGACCCACACUCCAUUAGCAUUGAAGACUUUUUUGGAGACCUGGCUAACUUUCGCUCCCACUUCAUGGAAGCUGUGAAGGAGAACUACAAGAAAAGGGAGAUGGAGGAGAAGAUCAAGCGAGCCAAGGUGGCAAAGGAGAAAGCUGAGCGAGAAAAGCAAGAACGGCAGCAGAAGAAAAAGCAACUAAUUGACAUGAACAAAGACGGAGAUGAGACAGGUGUGAUGGACAGCUUGAUGGAGGCUCUGCAGUCUGGUGCAGCCUUCCGUGACCGCAGGAAAAGAACCCCACGCACCGACAACCGUCGCACUGGUUUGGAAAGAUCACGCUCACGGCAUAACACACACACUACAGGUCGAUGACAACCUGUACAUCUGUGCAUGUCAGCCAAGUGCCAAAGACCGAUGAGAAGGUGCACGUUAGAGGCAAAAAUUAAAGAGAUUUGAGAUUUCUUUGUGCUUUCAAAAAAAACAUGGCAGGAUCUUCACAACAUAUUCAAACACAAAAACCAACAAACAAUCCUCAAAAGUGAAGACUUCAGACAAACAGCUUCACAGGAUUGGUACUAUUACAGUGUGCAACUUGUGCAUUCCUUUCAUUUUCUCAGUGUGUUAAAAACUUCCAUAACAUAUUAUUUCAAAUUUCCUUCCAAUCUAUAUUGUAAUGGGUUUGCCUUCAUCUGUAUGCUUCCCACAAUCCUGUUUUACAUGAAUGUUUUGAUAUGUUUGACUCGUAGAUCUCUCUACUAUCUUUUUGUUAUCUUUAACUCUUUCACCCACUCUUGCUCUUUCUAUCUUAUUUUAUUUUAUAUAAUUUUGUACAACUACACAUAAAAUUGUAGUUGAUCAUUUUUUUAUUAUCUUUUAUGUAUACAAUAGAAUCAUUGCUUAUUUUUCAUUUUCAACUUCUUCUCUCUCUACUAUUAUAUAUAGACAAUUGUCUUGGUUAUAUGCACAGGACUGUUUCUUCUUCUUCUUCUUCUUCUUCUUCUUCUUAUUAUUAUUAUUAUUAUUUUAUUCUAUCAAUGAUUGAGGGUAGUAAACUGUACAAGCACUGUGGCACACCCUAUAUGCACAUCCUAUAUGUCAUAAUUGACCACCCACUUUUCUAUAUGCUUGACUGUAAGCUCUUUCAUAAGGAUCCCAUUCCAGAUGCACCUUUUAAUUUGUCUGACAAAGACUUUUUAAUGUAAAUCUGGAGUAGCAUAAAAGAUGAAAGCGCUAUAUCUAAACACUUCUCAGAGUUAGUGAGAACUGUUAGCAUACCGAGAAGUAAAUAAGUAUAUUGAAUUUCUAUAUUUUAUGCCAUAGUAUACUUUCUGUCGUGUUUUUAACAAGACCAUUUUUAAUCAAAAACAUCAAUGCUUCAGUGCUUGUAAGUGCUUGUUGGUUGUGCGGUCAACCAACCAAACCAAGAACUUUAUUUCAAACUUCCCUGUCCUUCCUUGCUUCUUGAAAAGUGUCAAAAUAUAUGAAAAAGUCUAGUUUGUUGCACACUGUUCAUGUUUCAUAUUUUGCAUUUCAUGCUUUAUACAACUAUUUACCCAUAUUUUAACUCAUUAUUGAAGAGUGCUGUUGUCUCAUUGAGAGGGGUAAUGAUAGAAAAGAUUCAUGUAUACACCUGAUAUUGUAGCUGCCUCUAAGUGGAAUGCAUUAUUAAAAUCACACAUUAGCCUCA